UGCUGCUUGGGAGGGAAGUUGCUGCCGUGGUGCGAAGGAGCAGGGAGACCGAGGUGCGACGUGGAAAGGCAGAAUGGCAUUUAUGUCUUCUAUCAUCCCACAUAUAAAAUGCACACUUCAUGAGAACAGACAGUCAGAUUUUUGUAAACAACACUAACAUGUAGCGCAUCGGGAAACUGAGUCGUCGUCGCCAUGGACGAGGGAUUAACUGUUACUUUUGUAUCGGUUGCGAUGUUUAUAGGUUGCUUUUUACUUGGAUUCAUCCCACUGUUGUUCAGACUCUCUGAGAAAAGUCUGCAGUUUGUCUCCAUCCUGGGGGCAGGACUCCUGUGUGGGACCGCGCUGGCCAUCACCAUCCCAGAGGGAGUGGGCUUACUGGAUGAGUCAUGGAGAGCAUCCUCCAUCUCUGAUGUGCCCCCCGCUCUGAAUGGCAGUGAGAGAAACUCAACUUCCACAGAGGGAGGCCUUCCACCUCGUUUUUUCAUCGGAGUGGCUUUAACUUUCGGGUUCACCUUCAUGUUUGUAGUGGAUCAGAUCGGAAGUUACAUUUCCAUGCGUGACCAAACGACUCGUUUGCCUAACAGUGUCGGCAUCACGGCCACCUUAGGGCUUGUUAUCCAUGCUGCAGCUGAUGGGUUUGCUCUGGGUGCUGCUGUAGCCACGGGCCAAGUGACAGUGCAAAUCAUAGUAUUUUUUGCUGUGAUUCUACACAAGGCGCCUGCAGCUUUUGGUUUGGUCUCCUUCUUGAUGCACGCAGGCCUUGAAAAGAAGUACAUUCAGGGACAUUUGCUGGCCUUUUCUGCUGCAUCGCCUAUAGUUGCCAUCACCACCUACUUCAUAUUACAUGCAUCUGGCAGUUCAUCUCAGAACCAGCUCAGUGCCACAGGUGUGGGAAUGCUCUUCUCAGCUGGGACUUUCCUCUAUGUGGCCACAGCACAUGUUCUCCCAGAGAUAAGCAGCAGCAGCAGAACAGGCCAGCCCUCCCCUGACCUCCAGCAGCACACCGGAGCUGAGACCCACCAGCAGCGCUACCUGGGGCUCCUGGAGAGCCUCACUCUCAUCCUCGGGGUCGGGCUCCCGAUGGUGCUGGCUCUCGGGCUGCAUGACGACUGAGACAGGAAAGUCAGGGCAAAGGACAGGGUGCUACCACGCCUGAAAGGAAAACUGUGAGCACCUGUAUAAUCUACAGUGUAAACUACCCAUAUUGCACAAUGAUGGAGGAGAUAAAAUAUGCCUCUGGAGAGAGUUUACCUGGCGUCUUCUGUCCAACUAUAGUUUGUGUAUCAAAAAAAUCAAACAGCUAAUAUAUUGUUCUCAGUGGACUGAGUAUCCAAUCCAAGAAAACAAAGAGGGGGUCAUUUGUUGCCAAGGCUCUCUGAGGACAUGGCAUGUUCAAUGGUUAAAUUUGAGCACCUGGAUAGAUUUACAGGAACCACCAUUUUCCAUAUCUGUAACCAAAUCACUGUCUGUUGCCCAAACAAAAAGAGAUCUAGGUCACACAUUUUUUAUUUCUUCUUAGAUUUUUUUGUACAGUCAGGAGCUCAAAAACAGGUUCAGACUUUCAGUGCUGAGUACACAUUAACAAAAGACAAAUGAUGUGAAAUUUCUGAGCGACUGUACAAAUUUUUUUUCUAGUUUUGAAGGUGAGUUUUUAUCAGUACAACUUAACUGGAACAUCUGUAAGAAUGCGUAGUUCAGCUGCUCUUUACAUCUGUUAGAUGAUCUGUGAGUCAAACAGAAACAGAUGGCAGACAGUAGGCACUGUAAACACAUCUAUCUGAAUAUCUGCCCUGUGUCACUUCAACAAUUAGGGUUAUCUAAAUCUUGAUGAUUUUUCCUGCUUCAUUGUCAGUUAAUUAUUUAGUGAAUGCAGAGGUUGAAAUAAAAUAUGAAAUAAAAACA